UAUUGUAGGACGUUUCCCAACAGCAGAAUAUGGAUUUUGAUGAGCGCAUCUCUGGCUCUAAUAUGUAUUUACCGAGCUGCACUUACUACGUCUCCGGAGCCGACUUCUCGGGUCUGCCUCAUUAUUUAACCCAGAGCCAGUCCUCCUGCCCCAUGACAUACCCCUACCAGUCCUCAGCCCUGCCACAGGUCCCGUCCGUGAGAGAUGUGGCGUUCAGAGACUAUGGGAUAGAUGCCUCCAGUAAGUGGCACCACGGCAGGGGGAGCCUAUCGCACUGCUACACCGAGGACAUCGUGCACAGGGACGGCUGGACGAGCAGCCCGGGCUCCAGAGGCGGGGAGCUCCUGGUGAAAGGCGGCUCGGGCGCCGGCCACUCCGGCUCCUCCAACCCGACGCCGGGCUUCUACGGCAGCGUGGGCAGGAACGGCGUCCUGCCGCAGGCGUUCGACCAGUUCUUCGACACCGCGUACGGGGGCUCGGAGAGCAGCACGACGCCCACAGCACAAGCGGCGGACGCGGACAGACACGCCGCCAAAGCGAGCCCCGCUCCGGCUCACCCGGGCUCGGACACGGCGGAGAGCCUCAGCCCCAAGUCGUCCUCCGGCCACAGCGAGGAGAAGCAGAGCAAAAGCAGCGGUGGCCAGAGGACGCGCAAGAAGAGAUGUCCAUACUCGAAGUACCAGAUCAGGGAGCUGGAGAGGGAGUUCUUCUUCAGCGUUUACAUCAACAAGGAGAAGCGCCUGCAGCUCUCGCGGAUGCUCAACCUGACAGACCGCCAGGUCAAAAUCUGGUUUCAGAACAGGAGGAUGAAGGAGAAGAAACUGAACAGAGACCGUUUACAGUACUACACCACAAACCCCCUUUUCCCCUUUGCAACCCACCUAAACAGGCGACCCUUCGUGACCCACCAGACAGUGACGCUGUGCGUAAUUAUUCAGCAAUGUUUUGCACAAGAAAUGUCAGCCAGAAAGGGCUAUCUUCAUCCUCCGUCAAAUUAUACCACAACGAUGACAUGCCCCAACAACCAGGCUGGAAAUUCGUUUUUCGUGGACUCCCUGAUCAACGUGAGGAGCGACAGUGGCUCGUACUACCAAAGUAACGGCGUGUAUUUGCCACCGUCGUCGGAAUAUUCAUAUGGACUCUCCGGCGGCUCGUGUUUCCCGGGGAUCGGUAAGCGCAACGAGCCGAGCACCCAGAGCGUGAUCCCGUCCCCUGCUCCGUAUGUUCAGGGGAUGGAAACGUGGCUGGAGACGUCGCGGUCCUGCCGGGUGGAGCAGCCCGGCGGCCAGCAUAUGUCUCAGUGCUCCUUCUCGCCGAGCAUCAAGGAGGAGAGCGCCUAUUGCCUUUACGAGUCGGACAAAUGUCCUAAAGGAGCGACAGUAGAUGACAUUUCCUACUCGGCCGCAUCAUGCCCGGUCACCGGCACCACCUUGCCGGUGCCGGGCUACUUCCGCCUGUCCCAGACGUACACGUCCUCCAGGCUCUACCACGAUGACCCGCCGAACGUGAAUCACUUCACCCUGCAGCGAGCUGCUCGCCUGGACAGCCAGCCAGCCUCGCAGCCGCAGGCUGCCUCUGCUGAGCCGGAGCGGAGGGAGAGCCACGAGGAGGCGCCUGUCCCCGCGCCCUGCGCCCCGGCCAGGGAGGAGGACAGCCGCCUGUCCUCGGAGAGCUCGUCCUCCCCCGAGCCCGCAGAGACGUGCAGCGCCGAGUGUCCAGAAAAGCCCGUCAAAGGAGAUGGAAAAAUGGAAAGUACAGCUAACUGGCUCACAGCAAAGAGCGGCCGCAAGAAGCGCUGCCCCUACACCAAGCACCAGACUCUGGAGCUGGAGAAGGAGUUUCUCUUCAACAUGUACUUGACAAGGGAGCGUCGCCUGGAGAUCAGCCGCAGUGUGCACCUCACUGACAGGCAAGUCAAAAUCUGGUUCCAAAACAGGAGGAUGAAACUGAAAAAAAUGAGCCGGGAGAACAGGAUCCGAGAGCUCUCCAGCAACUUCAGCUUCUCGUGAGACUGUCUGCGUCUUUGGCGCCCUCCCUCCAUCCAUGGCAAGGGCGCCUGUGCAGAGCCUCCCCAACACCCACACCAACUGUGAGAAUGUCCAUGGAAAACAGGACCCUACUGCUUAACUUAUUGUUGUUCUUUCUUGUUUUCACGUCUGUUUUUGUUCCGUCGUGGAUAUGUAUUUAUAAAUGGCUACAUUUGUAACGUUGAUCCAUUGUGUUGAAACUGUUCAGAAUGUGACCACAAUGUUUCAGAGCGUCAGGCUUGUACAUAUUGUAUAGUCAACCUGAGUGAACCAUUGGAAUUUGCAUGCUGGACUAACCCCCCCAAUUGGGAGUACUUGUGUUACAGUUACACGUAAGGCCUCCAUGUGACAGCUAAAGAAACCCGAGAGGUCUGAUGAAUAUUUGCACAUUUUUGCUGGUCAAAUUAA